AUGGCUACCACGAACCAACCGGUCUGUCAAAUCUUUUCCUUUCGAGAUUUUAAAACCUCUCCCGAUCCGAUUUUCGAGCCGACGGCAGCCUCGUGUGGGACAGCGACUCCGAUUGUGAUCGACAACGGCUCCUUCCAGACCAGAGCCGACUGGGCGACGGUGGACUCGGUGGCCCCGCGGCUGCUUUUCCGCUCGGUGGCAGCACGCAGCAGAGGAGCCGCCCGCAGCGAGACCCAGAUCGGCAACGACAUCCCCAACCUGGAGCCACUCCGGUGGCUGCUCAAAAGCCAGUUCGACCGCAACGUCGUGGUCAACUUUGAGAUCCAGGAGCUGAUUUUCGACUAUGUCUUUACUCACCUUGGCAUCACUUCAGAGGGCCAUGUGGAGCAUCCUAUUGUGCUGACCGAGGCGCCUUGCAACCCUCUGCACUGCCGGCAGAUGAUGUCAGAGUUGCUAUUUGAGUGUUACGGCGUUCCUCACGUUUCGUACGGAGUAGACGCCUUGUACAGUUUUUACCACACCAACAAUCAGAGGAACCUGCAGCCACCACAGACCGGGAUUGUUUUGUCCUCUGGGUACCAUUGCUCGCACAUUUUGCCUGUUGUCAAUGGCAGGUUGGAUGCGAUGAACUGUAAGCGUGUGAACGUGGCUGGAGGCCAGGCGGCAGCCUACCUUCAGAGGCUCCUCCAGCUCAAAUAUCCAGGUCACCUAGCUGCUAUCACACUUAGCCGCAUGGAAGAACUGCUGCAUGAACAUAGCUACACUGCAGUGGAUUAUCAAGAAGAGUUGGAAAAGUGGCGUAGCCCGGAGUUUUAUGAGCGCGAGGUUCACCGAAUGCAACUUCCCUUCUCGGGCAAGUUGCCGGGUGGCUGCGUGAGUGUGGAAGAGAGGCAAGAGAGGAGAGCUCAGCAGCUCAAGCGGCUUCAGGAGAUCAAUGCUCGACGUCGUGGUGAGAAGCUACAUCAGGACCAAGAGAGGCUGGAAAGACUAAUGGCUGUACAGGAGCUGCUGGAGGACGGCCUAUUGGAUCAGUUCCACAAGAGUCUGGUUGAGCUCAACAUGGACUCAGCCGAGGAGCUGCAGUCGUACAUCAGCAAACUGCAGCUGGCCGUGGAGCAGGGACGCCGCAAAAUGCUGCACAGCGACGGCGCUGAGGGAAAGGCAGAGGUGGCCGAGUUGGAGCAGCACAUGGAAGAGGGCGACGGCAUGGCCAUCAUGUAUCCUGACUUUUCUGAGGACAGCCUGCAGGAAAAAUCAAAUAUGAAUAUGGUCCAGCCGGCCUUCAAUAUGGCAGAAUACCACCAACUUUUUGUGGGCACAGAACGUCUGCGCUGCCCAGAGAUCCUCUUUCAGCCCUCGCUGACUGGAGAAGACCAGAUGGGGAUCAUGGAGACGCUUCAGUACAUGCUGGCAAGGUACACUGCUGAGCAGCAGGAGGCGCUAGUCAGCAAUGUUUUCUUGACCGGAGGGAACAUGCAGUAUCCAGGGAUGAGGGAAAGGAUAGAGCGAGAGCUGCUGGCCAUAAGACCCUUCCAGUCACACUUCAAGGUGACCAUGGCGACACAGCCAACCUUAGGUGCGUGGCUGGGGGCAAGAGACUGGGCUGUGGAGCACCCUCCCGGCGGUGGAAGAGGAGUAGCGGCGGGUUGGAUCAGCCGGCAGGACUACGAGGAGAAAGGAGGAGAGUACCUCAGUGAGCACUAUGCCUCCAACGUCUUUGUACCCAUCAAGAUCAACAAGACGCUUCCUGCUCGGCCGGCCGAGCCAUUCGUUACCAUGCCGACGGGACUUUCUGGACCAGUGGACACGGUUACGUCUACUCUGACUUCAUCUUCUACUUCGGGUGCUCCCAUGGCUUCAUCUUUAAUGUUACAGUGUUAA